AUGGUUGUGGUGGCAGCAGGCACCGGGGGCGCGCACAAAGUGCUGCUCAUCUCCGGCAAACACACUGGCUCCUCGGCCAGCUCGCACGGCUUCAGUCGGCCUAUUUCUGUGGUCAUCCCGUCUGCAGCCAGCCAGGCGUCCUCAGACUCCGACUCCAACGCGUCCGUGGGACCACCCGUGCGCAAGAGGCAGAGACUCACGCACCUGAGCCCGGAGGAGAAGGCCCUGCGCAGGAAACUCAAGAACAGAGUCGCAGCCCAGACGGCCAGAGACAGAAAAAAAGCCAAGAUGGGAGAGCUGGAACAACAAGUUUUAGAGAUGGAGCUGGAGAACCAGAAACUUCACAUUGAAAACAGACUAUUACGUGAGAAAACAACAGGACUAAUUACAGAAAAUGCAGAACUGAGACAGAGACUUGGGUUGGAUACCCUUGACUCAAAACAAAAUAUGCCGGUGCUGAUAUCCAAUGUUAGGGAAACAGAUUUGGGAACCGGGUCUUCUGAGUCCGCAGUACUCAGGCUAUAUGGUUCUGACUCUACAGACACUGAAUCUGAUCUGCUCUUGGGCAUUCUGGACAUCCUUGACCCAGAGCUGUUCCUCAAGUCUUGUGAGCAGGAGUGCGAGGAGACGCCGGUGCUGCUGGGCGGAGGGACCGACGCAGUAUCUCCCUCCGCAUCUGCAGCUCUGGGGGCCACAUCAGUUAAGCUGGAGGCCCUUAAUGAACUCAUCCACUUCGACCACAUUUACACCAGGCCCGUGGAUGCACUGAGCGACGCGCAGCGAGACGACUCCGAGGAGAGCGACGACGAAGACGACGACGACAAAGAAGAAAAGGUUUUCCCCGUGUCUGACGUGGGGCUGGAGGAGGAGGAGGUGUGCGUCAAAGAUGAGCCAGAGGAGGUGCUAAUUCCGUCCGUUAACAACCCUGCGGAUGACUUCCUCGCCGCUGCCUCCUCGCCGGCCCUCGGUCACCCCGAAAAAGAGGCAUCAUUAGCGGAUACCUACAGCGACUCUGGAUACGAAGGCUCCCCGUCCCCCUUCAGUGACAUGUCCUCCACUCUGGGGGAAAGCUCUUGGGACGACAUGUUUGCCAAUGAACUCUUCCCACAGCUAAUCAGUGUCUAA